UUGGCUCCAGUUCCGGCCGUCGCGGGAAAUACGUCACCGCGCCGCGUUCCCUGUCUCUCUCUCGCUCUCACUUCAGCCCCGGAGCGUGAGAAGGAGUCGGCUGCCCCUGCCUCGCUCUUCCUCUGCCCUUUGCCGCUUCCGACGCCAUGCCCAAGAAUAAAGGUAAGGGAGGUAAAAACAGAAGGCGAGGUAAGAAUGAGAAUGAAUCAGAAAAAAGAGAACUGGUGUUCAAAGAAGAUGGGCAAGAGUAUGCUCAAGUUAUCAAGAUGUUGGGGAACGGUAGACUGGAAGCAUUAUGUUUUGAUGGUGUAAAGAGGUUAUGUCAUAUCAGAGGAAAAUUGAGAAAAAAGGUUUGGAUAAAUACAUCAGAUAUCAUAUUGGUGGGAUUAAGAGACUACCAGGACAACAAGGCUGAUGUAAUUCUAAAGUACAAUGCAGAUGAAGCCAGAAGUCUGAAGGCAUAUGGAGAGCUCCCAGAGCAUGCCAAAAUUAAUGAAACCGAUACAUUUGGGCCUGGAGAUGAUGAUGAAAUCCAGUUUGAUGAUAUUGGGGAUGAUGAUGAAGAUAUUGAUGAUAUCUAAAUGGAACAGAGAUGAAUUUGCCAUAGUGAAGAAAAAUAAAUUCUAAAAAAUUGUGUAUGUUUGAACAGCUAUUCUGUACUAGGUAGUAAUAAUACUGAAGUUAAACACUGGGUAGCACUAAAUAUAAGCUAUUGAUUGAUUAGAAAGAUACUGUUCUCUUGAAAUUAACCAUUUGAAUUUAAUGCAUACAUUUAUAUUUAUACAUAUCUGUUGGGUACAGAAUUUUCACAGAAGGUUGGAGGAGGUAAAUUUUACUGAUUUAUCUUCCCCCCACCCCCCUAUGUAUCCCUGAAAAGCAUCCAAAAGGGUUUGGAUUAUAACAGUGGAGACUGAAGGAAAAAAUGGAGCCUUUUUUGGAUUGCAGUCCCUUCCAUGAGGAUCAUGAUCCAGUUUAAUUUUUAGAAGGGUAAACUUGCAUCCAGCCCAUUUAGAAUAUUUUAACAUUGCCAAAAUUUUGGUGACGAUGUUAAAGAUGUUUGAAUAAUACAGUUUUUAAAAAUCUUUAGCUCCAAUUGUGACGGGGAUUGGAAGCCUCCAGAACAGAAAUGCCUAAUGUUGUGUUCCUCCCUCCCCACUUUUUCAUUAUGUGGCGCAUGAAAUUGGCUUAUAACUGAGUAGUUUACUUUGGAGUGUUCCUCAAAGCCUCAAGGCUCAGUUACUACUACAUCUGCUCCAUGUUUGUCCCAAUCCAGGAGGAAAAGAGGCAAAUGAAACCAAAUCCAUCACUGAGAUGAUGUUGGAGUCCAGGUCUAGCCCUCCCAAUAAGGUUUCAUGCUCCUUCAUUAUGAGAUACACCUGAAUAAAAUCUAAUGACAGGUUCUGAAGAUUUCUCUUAGAAAUCAGUAAGUCAGAGAAAAUAUUGAAACCUUAAAGUUUGAAUGGGAGUGAUUCACCUAAAAGGUUAAUUGAAUCCUAACAUAGUCCUAUAAAUAUUUAAAAGUUCUAGACUGGGUUCAUGUCUCUUUAGAGUUGUUAUUUUGCAUUCACUAUUUAACUAAGGAUGAUUUACUGUUAAGAAACAUAUUGAUUGCAAUAGUUUUUAUGUGAAAAUGUGCAUUCUUAAAUUGAAAAUUUCUUAACUGAAAAAAAUGAAAACUUCAGGAAUUGAAUUGUAUUCAGCCACAUUUGUUUAUAAUUGCACACCUGCAAUACCGUUCAAUUGAACUCCAUAUAUUGAGUUCAGAAAUUGGGAGUUUGCUAACAGGUACUGAAAUUAUCACAUUGUUUACUUCAUGAGUAUUGAUAUCAAAUUAUGUAAAUUGUUUGAUGUUAUGAGUUUUAGCCUUUAUAAAUGAGAGAAGGAAGGUUCUGAAUUCACAAAGGCUGUCAUCUCUAUUGCAUUUCGCAUGUGGUUUCUUCUUCUUGGGAUGUGACAGGAGUUCAGCGAUGAGAAGUUGCUUGGAGCUAAUUCUGAGUAAACGUGCAGAAAUAUCCUUUAAUAAACAAAUAUGUGAUCUGAUAGCAUUACAGCACAAAUAUUUGGUUGUAGGUAUGUAGCAUGAGAGAUGGUAAGAGUGGCUAUUUUGCUGCUAAAAGAUUUUUACUAAUGUUAAGAUAAAGGUUAUAAGUAACUGAUACACAAAUGUAUAUAUAUUUAACAACAACAACCCGAAUUACAAACAACAGUUCCAAAAAUAUCUGAAACUUUUUAAGCUGUAGAAGCAUCGGAGGUUGAACCUUAGACCUUUUACAAAAUAAGCUUUGCUACUAUUCUUUCCUCUUUUCUGACCUGAGUUCCCCCUUCUGCCUAUAGCUCAGAAGAAUGACUUCUAGUGUAAGGGUAGAUAUCUGUGCAUCUUAGAAAUGAUUAUCUGACCUCAAAGGACCCCUCAGUACAGAGAAGCAUCUUUUUUUUUUCUGCAGCAACUUGAAACUAGUGGUUUAAAAUGAGAGAAUAUGAGUUACCCAAGGCUACCAGUGACCUCCAUCCCACUUUUCCUCUGUUUCCCACUGGAUCUAAGCUGUAUCUGUCAGAUACAAGUUGUCCAUAUAUUGUUUCCAGUCUCCCUUAGUUCAGAUCACUUUAACAAGGCUGUAAAUGAAUCUUCCUCCUCAUUAAACAAGAUGUAAACUAUGCAUGUAUUAAUUUCCAACAGUACUUUUAAUUUUUAAGGCAUGAAUACAAGAUAACUGUUUCCUUUUUGAAGGAAAAGCUGAUGCCAUGUAACAAUGCAGUAUUCUGGUCAUGUAAAGUUGCAAACUAUGUACCUAAAAUUAAGUUGUUUAUGGUGACGUAAUUAAAAGGACAUGAAACUCA